AUGCCCACAAAGAGGAAGAAAGAGGAGAACAAGAGGAGAUCAGACAGAUUAGAGAAAAAGGACACAUUUGUUGAGAAGAUGCAGCGUGAAUUUUCUAUUAAUGCUUCCAGAAGUUUUCCCGAAAAUGAUUAUAUAAUAAUGAACACAGCUUUUGUUCAGAGAGAUGAUAUCACAUUCAAUAAAGACCCCGAGACAGUGAUGCCGAUUAAGCAAGAAGGUAUUCCUGGAGACAAUGCAACAGGCCUACAGGGGGAGCUACGUGCUGUGGAAGACUUUUGCUCCUCUGUGCUAAUGUGUGCUGCUAAUGAAAGCUGCCAUGCAAAUAAGAUGUCAGAAAUAUCAAUGAGGACAGGCAUCAUCAUUAAACCAGUGUGGAGCUGGAUUCGCAAAACAGCAGUCGAUGUGAAUCUCGAUCCCAGUACAGCUCAUCCUAAACUCAUCAUCUCUGGGGACCAGAAAUCAGUGAGACUUGGGAAGAAUCGACAGACAUUUCCUGAGAACUCAAAGAGGUAUGACCAUGUCGUCAAUGUCCUUGGAAAGGAGAGCUUCUCUUCCGGCAGGCAUUACUGGGAGGUUGAAGUAAAACAUAAGACCGACUGGACUCUAGGGGUGGCGAAGGGGACAGUCUCAAGAAAGGGAACUUUACUUAUCCGACCUGACACUGGAUUCUGGACCAUAAUUCUGAAAGAUGGAAUGUACAAGGCUAACAGUGAGUCCCCUGUCCUUCUUUCCUUGAGGGAGACGCCCCAGAAGGUGGGGGUGUAUGUGGAUUAUGGGAGGGGUCAGGUCUCCUUUUACAGUGUGGACAGCAGGACUCACAUCUUCUCUUUCUCUGGAUAUAAUUUCACCGAAGAGCUACAUCCUCUCCUGCGACCGGGCCUCACUGAUUACGGCAAAAACACAUCACCACUGAUCAUCACUCCCAUCGAUGUUCACCAAAAAUAAGUCAGUGAUGUGCACUUUAGAUUAUAAUCACACAGAAGCGUGUAUUUCGAGGGGAGGAGACUUUGACAUUUUAGAAAAAAAUAAAAGGAAUAAGGUUGUAUCUGAGUCUUUGAAAAGCAAACAGACACAUGGAUAUGACUUUUGUAUAUGACCCUCUGAGGUUCAGAUGCUUUCUGUGGCCAUGGUCAGGCUCUCCUGUCUGUGACAUAUUUUGAUAUGUAUUGAUAUAUUUCGUAACAUAUUUUGAUUGCUGUUAAUUUGUUUUUUCAUGAAUUACUUUUCUAAGAGAAGAAACACCUUAUGAUUCAGGCUGUGAUUAGAAGGAGCUUGUGAAAAUGAUUUACAAUUUUUUUUUCUUAUUCUUUUUAGAUUAUGUUUAUGUAUAUACUAGAGCUGGGAGGUAUGACCA